GGGAAGAUGGUGAGUAUAGUCUUGUUCUCUUUCGGGACUUUUAUCAAACAGUUCGCGGCUCUUUCGAAUCCAACGGCGUUCGGUCCGAUCAGAACCAGCGUGAAUCGGCUCGCCGUCGCCUGUCAUUCUCCGAGAUUCCUCCAUUUCGAAACCCUGACUUCCCGCCAACAAGACCAGGUUCAUCUUUUCGUCGACGCUCUUCUCCAAUGGAACAAGAAAAUGAAUCUUACGGCCGUUACGGAUGUGAGCGAAGUAAUGGAAAGACAUGUCGAGGAUUCUCUCGCGAUUAUUCCACCAAUUCGGAAUUUGUACUUGUCGCAUUGUACGAAAGUCCCGUGCGAUAACAUUAAACUCGUUGAUGUUGGAACGGGUGCCGGGCUUCCUGGACUGAUUAUAGCUAUUGCUUGCCCAGAAUGGCAAGUAACGUUGAUGGAGUCUAUGAAUAAGCGGUGUAUUUUCUUGGAGCAUGCAGUGGGUCAUACUGGCUUGUCAAAUGUUCAAAUCGUGAGAGGAAGAGCAGAGAAUUUGGGACAUGAUCUUUGCUUACGAGAGAAAUUUGAUGUAGUAGUGGCUAGAGCUGUUGCAGAAAUGAGAAUUUUAGCGGAAUAUUGUCUUCCUAUGGUUCGUGUUGGUGGUUUGUUUUUAGCUGCCAAAGGUCAUGAUCCUCUUUUCUGGAGAUUUCUCAAUUUGAAUCAUCUAGAGUUGGCAGAAGUCACAAAUGCAGAAAAGGCAAUUGAAAUGAUGGGUGCCUCCUUGCUGCAAAUAUGCGCUGUGGAAUCACAUAGUCCAUAUGGACAGCGAACUGCCGUUGUUUGUUUAAAAGAACGGCACACCCCAAGGAAGUAUCCUCGCGAUCCAGGUACACCAGCAAAAGCCCCAUUAUAGAUUAUCAGAGUGUUCGGUUUGGCUUCGAUUCAGUUGUCCUUCUUGACGUAAACCAGUUGUUUAUUAUGCGAAAUGCUUCAAGAAUGUGACUCUCACCUGAAUUUAGGCACCUUGUCAUUUGUUUUGCAUUAUGAAAUAUCAUUUCAAUUUUCACCCACAAUAGUUCUUACACGACAUUUGGUUAUUAAAUUAGUAUUAAGCAUUUAUUUGUCCAACGCCCACUUUAUGAUUUACACGUUGGUCUUUCUCCCUCCCGCCAUGUACCUCCAUCAAGUUCAUCGCUUUCUCUGCAUCAACAUAUAUAACUCCACCCUCGAACUUAAACGGUGGAAUUACUGUACCAUUCUCAUCUAACUAAAAAAUUGUCCUAAAUCUAACCCAUAAAAUACCUAAAAUCUGGCCACAAAAACGACCCCAACCAAAAAAUCAACCAGGCAAAGAAAUGUUUUGCCCAACUACAAAAAUAUCAAAAUCCAAUAAAGACAUAUAUAUAUCAUCCUGGGUGGCCUCAACGUAGACCAGUUGUUUAUGGUGCAAAAUUUUGACUUCUCAACUUCACAGCGUGUUACUUGUGUAUAACGAAUAUCAUUUCUCCCCGAAUAAUCUUUUGGACAGAUUUGACUACUAAAUUAGUAUUAAGCAUAUAUUCCUCAACACCCACUUUAGGAUACACACGUUCAUCUCGCCCUCCCGCCAUAUUACUCUAUCAAGUUCAAGAAUUUCUCUCUAGUCACUUGGAUCUUCUCAUAAAUAGAAGGUUUAAAUUCCACAAUAGAAGGUUUACAUUACUUAGCCUUAGCGUGUCUGCCCGAAGUCCGCAAACUUAUUUGUGCAUCCAGUUGGAGUACUAAAAAUAUGCAUGACAAUGGUUUAGCUAGGGUGUUCAUGGUUGAAUCAGAUUUGAUUUAGUAAGAUCUUGAAUCUAAGUACAUAGGCGCGAUGGUUGAAGAAAAUUGCAGUGAAGCGGCGGAAAAGGCCAGAGUGAAGGGAAAAUGCAGGUCGACUCAAAUUUUCUUAUGUGAUGUGCGUGAUUUUUUAUUUUUUUUAAAUUGGUGAAAAUCCUCUCUUUUGUUAUUUUACUCGUCUAUUGACUUACCAAUUUAAUUUUAUAUGCAGUGAGUAAUAUGAUUGAUAAUUCAGGUAUUUCAAAAGUUAUCUAUGGCGUUGUUUUCUUUCCUCUAAAAAAACGACUACUUUUGUGGCUCAAAUUAAAAGUGGCUUUUUUUUGCAAAUUAUUACUUGCUACUUGGCUACAUAUUUAUUUAGCUCUAAGUUGUAAAACUAUAGAUGCCUUCAAGGGCAUUUGUUCAUAUCAUGGGCUUUACUGGUCAAUUUUGUACAACAUUACUUUUUCGUAUGAACUCUUAUUUUUCUAAUAGUACGAAAUGAAUUUUCUUAAAAAUAUUUUUUGACAAGAAGACAAAAGGGACCGUCUUUAUUUCAUUUAGAGUAUAUCUAAAAUAUAUUACAAGAAAAAAGUAUGGUAUGUAAAUCAUUUUGCCAUCUGCUUGCCAUAAUUCUGGUCGAGGCAUGGAGAGUUGCUUUUUAGGAAUUAUUUUAUUUAUAGGUAAAGACCUCUGAUCAUCCAAUAAGAUGGACGUUUCUUAAUUAUC